AUGACAGUCGCAUUUAUGAGUAACACUUAUGAAAAAACAAGCAAGCAUGCAAAAUCUGUUUGGAUCUCAUUCAUGGCUGAUAUUACUGCAGAACUUGAACUUGCUGAAUAUAUUCAUGAAUAUAUUUUUGCUUUUGUUAAUCAUAUUACGAUG